AAUUUUAUAAUAGAUUCAUGAAAUUAUGACAAAACAAUGACCACAUUUUUUUUGGGUUAUGUUGGUAUAAAAGUACCGGUAACUUCAACCGACCUUUCCUCUCCAAAACCACCAAAGAAAAAAAAAACUCUGUUCUGUUCCUCUCUGUCUUUGAAUAGUAUGGAGGAAGAGGCAGAGAUUGAUAGGUUGCCCACAGACUUGUUGGCUCAUAUAUUGGUGAUGAUCACUUCUUUCACCGAUUUAGCCCAGGCAAGUGGGGUUUGUAGGAACUGGAAACAAGGGGUGAAACAGGCUCUGGCUAGAAGACAGACUCUGAGUUUUGCUGGUUGUAAGAUGGAUGACGAUUCCACUGCUCGUCUCGUGCGCCAUGCUUACAGCCUCAAAGAACUUGACAUUUCAAGGAAUCGUUGGGGUUGCCAAAUAACUGAUAAUGGACUGUAUCAAAUCUCAUUGGCAAAGUGUGUUAGCAACUUGACAUCUAUUUCCCUUUGGGGUAUCACAGGGAUCACUGACAAAGGUGUUGUUCAAUUGAUAACAAGAGCCAAUUCCUUGCAACACCUGAAUGUUGGUGGUACAUUUAUCACGGAUGAAUCCUUGUCUGCCAUUGCCAAUAGCUGUCCACGUUUAAAGAGCAUUGUCCUAUGGAGUUGCCGUCAUGUUACAGAAACUGGGUUGUUUGUUCUAGUAAGUAAAUGUCGUAAACUAGAGUCGAUCAAUGUAUGGGGGAUUAGAGUUCCCUUGGAGUGUUUCAUCGGUUUGCUUACCAUCCGUCCAGCUCUUCAAAUAAAACCACAAGGUUUGCCAUUAAAUGUUGGAGCUGUUACAGUGUUACCUGUUGUAUAAGGUGCUCAUUCUUGUGAUUGCAUUUCCAAACGCUGCUUGUACAUAUCACAUUCUUCUGGGAAUUCCAAUUAUUAUUGUAUGAAUUGAUUGGUUCAAUAAAUUGAAAGUUGCAUUCAAAGUCUUUA